GACCUCAUGAUCGGAGAAUUGCAUUCUUUUAACAGGUCUGCAUUCACCCUCAAACCAUCAUGUCUGGAAUUCGGGCCAAGAGAUUGAUUGACUUGCCCAGGGAUUUCUUGCUUCUCAGCCACUCAUUUUCCACAUAGCCGAGUUGGCCACUCAGUGCCCACGUCACUUCAUGCCCAAAAUCUUGCAAACCAGCCCAGCGGCUGAUCGUGUCCCCCACUGAUAAAUUGACUUGUGAAUCCUCAUCGCAGGUCCUGCCUCUUUCGCUUCUCUUUUGCUGCACAAAUACAACCUCCACCCUUCCUGUCUUCCACAUAUCCAGACCUUCAAGUCCUGCUUAUUUCUAUACCUUGAUCCAAUUAGUAGUAAUUGAGCCGUCAACAUGAUAUUCGGAUUCGUCGGUAUCAUCCACCUCGUGGCGGUGGUGUUCUCCAUCGUUGAGCUGGGUCUGACAGCCUACGUCGUCAGUGUCUUCGAUGGCCCCUGGGCCAGCUCCCCGAGUAGGGUCAACUUCAUGCUCUUCAACUCGAUCUGGUCGCUGCUCGUCCUCGCCUACGUGGGCCUCACACCGCUCUACUACACCCGUGUCUUCCACCGCCUGGCUUCACUCGUGCUCGAGGCUAUCACCAUGAUCUUCUGGUUCGCCGGCUCUAUCGCCCUGGCCGUCGGCUUCGGCGGGCCAUACAGCUGCGACGGCAACUCCGUCUGCGGCUCCAUCACCGCCGCCAUCACCUUCGGCUUCUUCCUCUGGGCCCUGUUCACCGCCCUCACCGUCCUCGACACUAUCGAGUCGAUGCGCUCGCGCCGUGGAACUACCCACAGUCACACCAAGCCCUAUGUCGGAGCCUAGAUGCUGCGCGACACUAAGAUAAAAGGGGGACGAGAGGUGGAGGGUGGAAGGGCAAGCCGGUAGAAGUUUUGUGGUUUUCAGAAAUAUAUAUGCAUGUCAGCAAAUGGGAUACCCACGUCGUUUCCUAAAUACAGGUAAACUCAAGCCCCUCGAUGUUAGUCUAUCAGGACCAUAUGUUUGGGUAUAUAGCCGGAGUCAUUGGCGUGCUAUCUCGCUUUCCCCGAGAUAUGAUAUCAAAACAUAAUACUCUAAUGACACGUUCUUAUCGAGCCGUUGACAAUU